AUGUCUGAGGGAGAGAACAAGCAGGCCUCGGACACUGCCCAGGAAGUGAAGGCAGAGGCAGCUGCAGCCACAGGUCAAGGAGUGUCAUCUGUCUCUCCCCCCGUGUCCAUGGUGACCCAGCCUCCAGCCACCGCUGCCACGGAGGAUGAGGAAGAGGAGAGUGAAGAUGAGUCAGAGAUUUUGGAGGAAAGCCCGUGUGGACGUUGGCAGAAGCGCAGAGAAGAGGUGAAUCAGCGCAACGUCCCUGGGAUCGAUAAUGCUUACUUGGCCAUGGACACUGAGGAAGGAGUUGAGGUGGUGUGGAAUGAGGUCAUGUUCUCAGAGAGGAAGAAUUUCAAACUCCAGGAGGAAAAAGUCAAAGCCGUUUUUGACAAUCUGAUCCAGCUGGAGCAUUUGAACAUUGUGAAGUUCCACAAGUACUGGGCAGAUGUCAAAGAGAACAGAGCGAGGGUUAUUUUCAUCACUGAGUACAUGUCUUCGGGAAGUCUCAAACAGUUUUUGAAAAAGACGAAGAAAAACCACAAGACCAUGAAUGAAAAGGCCUGGAAGCGCUGGUGCACACAAAUACUGUCUGCUCUCAGCUACCUGCAUUCCUGUGAAUCUCCCAUCAUUCAUGGCAACCUGACCUGUGACACCAUCUUCAUCCAGCACAAUGGCCUCAUCAAGAUCGGCUCAGUCGCUCCAGACACCAUCAAUAACCAUGUGAAAACCUGCCGGGAAGAGCAGAAGAGCCUUCACUUCUUUGCUCCAGAAUAUGGAGCUGUUGCCAAUGUUACCACAGCCGUGGAUAUCUAUUCCUUUGGAAUGUGCGCCUUAGAGAUGGCUGUGUUGGAAAUCCAGAGUAAUGGAGAUUCGUCUUAUGUGUCCCAAGAAGCCAUAAACAGUGCCAUUCAGUCCCUAGAGGACCCACUGCAACGGGAAUUUAUCCAGAAGUGUCUGGAGUUGGACCCCAGUAAGCGACCCACAGCGAAGGAGCUGCUGUUUCACCAGGCCUUGUUUGAGGUGCCCUUACUCAAGCUGCUGGCUGCACACUGCAUCGUCAGCCACCAACAUAUGAUUCCAGAAAAUGCUUUAGAAGAGAUGACAAAGAACAUGGACCCCAACUUGGUGAUUGUUGAGGCCAAGGAUGGAGUUCAGAUGAAGCUCUCUCAGUUUCCUGCCCUUGAGCUGGACAAGUUCCUGGAAGAUGUAAGGAAUGGGAUCUAUCCUCUGACUGCGUUUGGGAUACCAUGUCCACAACAGCCUCAGCAGGAGACGGUGAAGUCGCCCAUAGUGCCCCCGUCAGUGAAAACCCCGACUCCUGAACCUGCAGAGCUCGAGACCAGGAAGGUCCUCCAGAUGCAGUGCAAUAUUGAGCCUGUUGACGAGGGCACUAAGCACCAUCUGACCCUGCUGUUGAAACUGGAGGAUAAACUCAACAGGCACUUAAGCUGUGAUUUGUUACCAAAUGAGAACGUGCAGGAGCUGGCUGUGGAGCUCGUCCAGCUGGGAUUCAUCAGUGAGGGCGACCAGCCGCGACUCACAUCCGUUCUUGAAGAGGCCUUUUCAAAGUUCUACAGCCGGAACGGUUCUCUCAAUCCGGUGACUGUUUCCUCGUAGCGGAGGACUCACAUCGGCCUUCUUUCAGCCCUCCUCGUCCUCUACGACAGGACUAGCUUUUUGCUCCACAUCUCUGAGUUGCGGGAAAGCUUUGCGAAGACAGAGGAGGAAGCCUUUUGUUUGGUUGCAGAUCCUGCGGCCUGUUGUCUGUCGUAUCUUCUGGUGGGAAAAGCUGCCACUAAGUGGUCGUCGCUUUCUAUCUUAUUUUUUUUUCUCUCCCACCCAAUACAGCCAUCUGCUUCUCUUUUAAAAGAGGAAAUCCUAGUCGCAACUUAAAGGAAAAUACAAACGUGUUCCCUUUUUUGGCUUAUUUCUUUCACUUCUCAAAUAGUGAAGACAGAGGUAAGCUAAAUAAAACUGGAUACAGCAGCAUUUUCCUUAAGUCAGUAUUAAAACUGUAUUUUAAACAUUUUUACUUAAAACUGUUUAAUAGUUGUCUGUAUAAAAAAAAAAAACUCUUUGUCCCGGCAUACUGAAGUGUAUGUGUUAUGGUGUUGUAAGAUUAAGUCUGGUCCUUUAAACUUUCUCUCAAGCAGCGAGUGAGGCAUCUUCCUACCUUGUAUCGGUUUUCGAAGGCUCUCAAACGCAUCAAGCUAGCAACGCAACAGAUGUCACUUUUUACUUCAAAAUUCUGUCAUCAUAUAACGUAGUCAUGACACCUGCAGCCGCAACACAAUCUGAAGAGCUGCAGCUAAAAUAUAUAUAAAAAAAAUCAAACUAUUUAUUUGUGUAUUUUUCUUGAGUGUGUACUGUACGUCACUUGCAGCACUAAGGCCGGUGGUUGUUUGAAUGUAUGCUUUAACUUGCUCUUUCUUUACAUCACGCUGUUAUUUUCUAUGACUGUGGUCCAACUACUACUGUAGCUUCUGUUCUCAAAGUAGCCCGUUGCAGCACAUACCGAUUAGGCCAUGGUCGUCAGGUGACGUUUUACGCAGGAGAGGUUGAAGCACAUGAUCUGAUGGAUGUUCCUCAACAGUUGCGGAUGCAUGUGUGCUUUUCUAUGUCUACGUGGAAACUGAUGCAUGCAGCAAGCUCGCUUCAGGUGUUGGUUCAAUUCUCAUUUUAGCAGCGAUGGUGAUAGAGAGAAAGUUUUGUCAGCUUAGGCCCGUCAAAAUUCAGAUCACGCAACUCUGAAUCACCAGUUUCCUGUGUGACGCCAGAGCUAAAACUCUGCUCUCGCCAUGUAGAUACUCACGUAUUAGCUCCGACCACCCUUCUAUGUUAACUGUUUGGGGAUCUCUCUCUGUUAGUUUGCACUGCUGUACACUUUUAUAUCUUGUCGGAAAAUGUCCUCUGGCUUCCUAGCAACAAAUGGGAGGAUGAAUUGGAAAUGGCGGCGUUUAAACCUGUAGUCAGUGCUCCAGUCGGCUCUAUGCCAUGACUACCUUCUGAAGGGUCUGUAGAUACUUCGAGAUACAAGUGUGGAACUGCCUGGCAUGCUUGUAACCAUCUUGUAUGCUGGACACUGUGCUCUGUUUCUGCAAUGCAUUUACCCCCCUUUUUUUCACUUCCUGAAAUAAAAAUGUACACUAUCA